AUGCUUUCGACGGGGCUCAAGUCCAAGCGACGUACACCAUCACCGACGACGUCUCCCUCGGCCACCACCACCACCACCACCACCGCCACCACUUCUCCGACCGCACCCUCAUCGGGGACAGCAACAGCCAGGGCCACGGCGACCACCUCGUCACCGUCCAACGCAAACGGAGCACGACGCGUCGAGACAGUGUCCAACCGCACCGAGCUCGCCGUCAACGCGGUAGAGGGAUCGACAAGCGGUAGUACCUCCGACCACAAAGACUCGGAUGCGAGCCUGACCACAACCACGCCUGCCAUGGCAUCCGCAUCCUCCUCUCCUCCACGGACAACGCCGACCGCCACCACCACCACCACCUCGGACAUCACAUCGACCACAACUCCGCAACCCCUCUCCCCGACGCGCAUCGUCGACCUGUCCUCGCCGACGUCUUCCCCCGUGCAUAGUGGCACAGCAGCCGUCGUCGCAGCGGUGCAACACUCGGCCGCGACCGCCGCUUCCUCUUCUUCCCCCUCCUCCUCAGCCUCGUCCUCGUCCAACACAGCGUCCCCCUCGUCCCCCUCGUCCCCCCGCACACCAUCAGCACGGAGGGUCAAGCUGUACCGGCUCAGGGACGACGCAUGGGAGGACCUCGGCACCGGCACCUGCGCCGUCCACUUGGUCGAAUCGGCGCCCGUCCUGACCGCCGACGGUACAGAAGCCCACCACUCCAUCUCGGUCGAGGAUGGCUCUUGGAUCAUCGUACGCAAGGAGGUGGGCUCGUCGAGUCAUGCCGACGAAGGCGAGGUGCUCUUACGGUCCAAAGUGAUGCCGUAUCCACCGGGCUACCUCUCGGACGACGACGACGACCUCGAAGUCGCUGCCGAGGAUGGUAAAGAUUCGCCCGAGGGCAAAGUCAUCGACGCUGGCGGUUACCAGAGGCAACAGGAUACGCUCAUCGUAUGGACAGAGAGGGAGACGGAUCAGGAGAUGGCUCUGAGCUUUGCGACCGCUCAAGGGUGUCAUGAGAUCUGGCAGUUCAUCAAAGCCGCAAGGAAAUGGAGUCGUGAGUAGAGUCGGGCGUCCGUUAUCUGGGUUCGUACUAAAUCUCACGUCGAAACCUGCAGUCGAACACCCUUUGACCUCGCCCUCGCCGUCACCUUCGAGGGGAUCAUCGCCGCACCCCUUCCAGGUCUAUGCGCAUCAAUCGACCGCCAAACUUACCGACCCGACAUUGGGGAAUCUGCACGAACUGGAACACACGAUUCGAUCCCUGUCGAGGACCGCAGUCGGGAGGGAACGCACAGCGAGUACGAUCGUCAAGAGCGACUUCAUUCAAAAGCUCAUUCGCGUGCACGAAGAGGCCGAGGAUCUCGAGAGUCUGGAGGAUUUGCAUGCGCUGUGCCGGGUCAUGCAAACCAUCCGUUAGUCCCCUCAGACCAUCGACGGGAGCUUUUCUUUUUCUGACUGCAUCCGUCACUACACACACAGUGCUAUUGAAUGACAACGUCAUAUUUGAGCUCGUACUGCGUGACGAGGUUAUUCUCGGCGUCGUCUCGAUUCUCGAGUGUAGGCUCGCUUCAUCUGAACUUGACUUUGGCGCGCCAGGAGGUGCUGAUUCCCACCUCCCAAUUAUCACAGACGAUCCCGAGUUUCCGACCAUGAAGGCCUCUUACCGGGCCCACCUCGCCGAUCCAUCUCACUUUACCCAGGUCGUCCCAAUCCGCUCUCCGGCCUUGCUGGCCAAGAUCCACCAAACCCAUCGUCUCCAUUACCUCAAGGAUGUCGUACUCGCGCGAGUCCUGGAGGAUUCGACUUUUUCGAUGCUCAACUCUGCCAUCUACUUCAACGAAGUCGACAUCGUCAAUGAAAUCGCCGGCGAUCCUAUCUUCCUUAGAAAGCUCUUUGCGCUGUUCGACGAGGAAGAAAAAGACGAGAAGAAGAUGGCGACGACACCGACCAAGACCGACAAGGGGAAAGGCCGAGCACUGGACGCGACCCAGCCCAUCGGACCUCAACUUCCCUCCUCCAUCGCUCUUGCCACCAGCUCGUCCAACGGCGACACCCCGACCGACAAGGAUGCCGAGUCCAUCUCCUCGCGGGAUCGACAACUCGAUGCGAUUCUCUUCUUGCAACAGUUCGCGACCAUGGCCAAGAACCUGCAAAUCGCUUUACGCGCGCAAUUCUUCCGCUCCCUCGCCGACCGAGGCCUGCUGCGGGUUCUUGAAGUCGCUCUAGCGCGCUCGAUUCGAACCGACGAAUCCGCACCUCAGUUGCGAGGAGCGACGAUCGCGAUCCUCAUGACGCUUGUCGACCACGAUCCCAACAAUGUGCGGAGUUAUAGUUUGAAGCAACAUGCUGCGCGCAAGCGACCGUUGAUGGGGUUUUUGAUCGAUUUAUUCUUGAGCGAGGAGGACCUCGGGUUGAAGGCGCAGAUGAGUGAGGCGUUAAGAGUAUUGGUCGAUGCUGGAGGCGAGGGAGGGCCACUCGAGGUGAGUAGUCUCGUGGGAUGUAGGCUGGGUUCGCUCUUACUGACUAGGGUAUGACCUUGUUUUACAGGCCCCACCGCGUAUGCGACCCGAGGACCCCGAGGCGGAAAAGUUUUUGCAAUACUUCUACGACCAUUGCGCGCAAGCAUUGCUCGCGCCGAUACUGAAACUUCCCGACUCGGGUUCUGGUACGUCACCGACUUCGAUCUCUCGUUCGGUUAACCCGGAUCCUCAUAUUGACAACAUCUUCGUCUGCUUUGCACAGUUCCGCUCGAGCUCUCGGUACCUCGAAUUGCCUUGUGCUCGCACCUCUGUGACCUCCUCUGCUUCUUCAUCGCCCACCACACCUUCCGUUCCAAGUACUUUGUUCUCUCCUCAUCGGUCGCGACGAACGUCGCCAAGCUCUUCCAAACGCGCCACAAGCACCUUCGCCUCGCCGCCUUACGUUUCUUCCGCGCGUGCAUCCAACGCAACGACGAUUUCUAUAACCGCUUCUUGAUCAAGAACGACCUCUUCCGCCCGAUCCUCGACCUCGCCGUGUCGGAACGCGAUCGCGACAACCUCCUCGGCUCGGCGUGCCUCGAUUUCUUCGAGUUCAUCAAGAACGUCAAUGCCAAGGGCGUAAUCAGUCAUAUCGUCGAACGGUACGGGGAUAAAGUACGUUUGCUCGCUACUACUUUGAAGACGUUCGAAUCGGUCGUGAUCAAGUACGAACAGAAUAAGGAACCGCCACCUGCUGCGUUGACGACGACGUCGACGAUGGGCGCACCUUCGCUCGAUGGAUCGGCGAGGGCGCAUGCGCUAGGUUCGUUGGGAGGUGUGUCGAUGUCGAGGGAGAACAGUACUGGUUGGGCGGGGAGGAUGGAUGUCGAAGAGGACGAAUCGUAUUUCAACGGAUCGGACGACGAAGACGAAUUCGGUCCUCCAGCACUGAACCCUUCCUCACCGACUUUAUCGAAGAAACGACCUGGGGAAGAGGAGGACGAGCAGGCUUCGUCGCCUGAACGACAAAAACGAGCAAAGUUGGAGGCUAAAGCUUCAAGUGCGGCGUUGUUACCUCUGGUUGAUUAUGGGGAAGAUGAGGAUGAGCCUUUGACGGAUGUAGAUGAGGAGGUCUCCAGUGGGGAAGGUGGGUUCAUCAAGGAUGAUCCGCCUGUACCUUCGGCUUCUCAGGCAACCUCGACAACGGACAAGGAAGCUGAGGCCCCAAGGGAAGCCCCAAUACCGAGCCCCGAAGCGCCUCCGCCCCCACUGCUCAGUCUCGCCGAGCUGAAGAAGAAGAAGGACGAGGAGGACGAUGGCGCGUUGGGCUUCCUCAAUAACAAGAAGUCGUCCGCGUCUACCGCAGCUGCUAGAGCCUCGAAUGCGACCAAUAGGUCUACUAGCAGUGGUGCCGCUGGGGGGAUCAAGAUUUCUCUGGGAGCGAGUGUCAAGGGGACGUUUUCUCGCCUCGGCGCUGGGUCAGGAGCUUCGUCAAGUACGAACAAGAAAAAGGAAUAG